AAAGAACCUAGUUUAAUUCUUUUUGUUUCUCCCAUCUCCUCCCGGCUCCCGUGUUACUCCCCCAGCACCCUUUUACCUCCCCCACACCCCCCGGAUGAAGUUCUGUUCCAGACAUCGAAAAUUCCAUUACAAAGUCAAAUCCUUCCACCCAAUAAGGCUGUAAUUUCGUUUAUUAUGGCCUGAGAUUAUAUCGAAUUAAAUAACUCGGUUUUCGACAGAUAUCGGUCGGGUGGAAUAAGCCGGUUGCCGGCAGUGUCGGUCAAUCAGUGUAAAUAAGUCGGUUUCCGACAGUCCUCGAUUAGAGGAUUAAUAAAGAUUUGAACUUGAUUGUAGAGGAUGAAUAAAUAAUUGUUGUUGUUGUCGUUGUUUUAGUAGUAGCAAAGAUAAUAAAGAUCUGAACUUUUAGUAGUAGGAAAGAUAAUAAAGAUCUGAACUUUAAGGUACAGACUAGAUUACAGAUGGACACGGAGCUGAAUGUGAUGGGGAAGGCGAAUGAAGGUAUGGAGGUGUGGAAUUAUCGACAUCAGAAGGUAACACACUUGAGACGGUGUACAUAUAAACAAAGUAUUCUGUCGAAAACAAGGAAGCAUGUGCAGGCUUAUGUUCCGGAUGUUGAUUUUCACGCAUUCCUUACAUUAUGCGAGACGGUAACUGUGGGGGAGCGCCUGUACCAGAUAAUAAUAACGGAAAGGCCUGAGUUUGUUGACUAUGUGAGUAAGGUCGUGCCUUCCCUCCAGACCUUGGUUUUGGAUAAGCAUCCUGAUCGGGGUAAUUCCAUUCAAGAGGAAUUGAAAACAUGGACGCAUGCGCGGACUUAUGUUCCUCUUGGUUUUAAUGCAUUCACUACAUUAUGCGAGAUGGUAACUGCCGCAGAGUGCCUGUACCAAAUAAUAAGGGAAAGGCCCGAGUUUGGCAACUGUGUAAAUAAGGUCCUACAGUCCCAUCGCACCUUGGUUUUGGAUAACUAUCGGAAUUGUUUCAUUCAGGAGGAAUUGAAUAAGUGGCUUCAAUACACCUUUGACAGGAGAGUUCAAAGGCUGGAAGUGAACCCGUCAUAUGGCAACCCAGCUUCUUUCACUCGAUGUGUUAUAUUUUCCGUUCUGCUCUUUUGGAACCGAGAAUUUGGAAUUCUCUCAAAGAAUUGAUUUUGAUACGUGUCUUAGUCUCUGGUGGCACUCCUGAAAGUUUCUUUGUGCAUCACUCUGGAGAUUUAACAAGUUCGGAAGUCAGGCGUCCAUCUCUUGCACUACAAUGCUCGGGGAUUAACUUUUUUCUCUUGGAUACCCUCAUUAUGAGCUUUGUUACUCUAAUCUCACUUAAGAUUGGGGUGCCAAGAGAGCUACUGCUUGAGAACGUGCCCCGGCUCAUCCAUAUUGGUAUCCUCUUUAACGGUUAUAGUGUGGAGGAUGUUAUUCGCCGGCUCUUGCACUGCUUUUCAAAGCUCCGGGUCCUUUCUUUAUGUCUGCAUCCUAAGCAGACUAGAGAGGUAACACAUUUGCCGUGCACAACUAAGCAGCAUGUACAUGAAGAUCGGAUAAGUCAGCUUCCAGAUGAAAUGCUUUGUCGUGUUUUAUCGUUUUUGACGCUCACGGAAGCUGGAAGAACAAGUGUUCUGUCGAAAAGAUGGAAGAACGUGUGGACUUAUACGGAUGAUCUUGAGUUUGAUGCACUCAGUACAUCUUUCGAGAUGUUAACUGUUGAUGAGUACGUGGACGAAAUAUUAAGGGGAAGGCCCAAGUUUGUUAACUUGGUGAAUAAGGUGCUACAAACCCAUCGGACCUUGGUUUUGAACAAGUUCACGAUUCAUUGUGCUUUGGAUGAUUCCUUUCAGGCAGAAUUGAAUAAGUGGCUUCAGUAUGCCUUUGACAAGAGAGUUCAAAAGUUGGAAGUGAAUGUGUCAGACACUGCUCAAUUCGUCCCUGGCAUAUAUAUUUUUUCUUGUGCACUUUUGGAACAAAGAGGUUGGAACUCUCUUAAAGAAUUGAUGUUGGCACGUGUCUCGGUCUCUGGGGCCACUCUUGAAUUCCUUCUGCGCGACUGCAAAUAUCUUGAAAGUUUGGUUGUGCAUUACUCUAAGGUUUUAACAACUUUGCAAGUUUGUCGUCCGUCUCUUGCAUUACAAAACUUGGAAAUUCACUUUUGUCCAUUGAAAUCCCUCACUGUAAGCAAUGUUAAUCUUAUCUCUCUUAAGAUUGCGACGCCACGAACAGUAGUAAUCAAGAAUAAUGUCCCCAAGCUCGCUCAUAUUGAGAUCCUCUCUACAUUUUACACUCUUGAAGAUUUUGGUCGCUUCCUUUCAAACAGCUUCUCAAAGCUGGAGGUUCUGACCUUAAUCCUGGAUUCUUGGCUGGCUAGAGAGUUUGAUAGGAAACUACCUCAGCUGCUUGCUCUGAAGCAGCUAUCUCUAAGGUUGUUUUUAUAUGAAGAAGGCUUGAGCAUAUCUGGGCUUAGUUCGUUCUUUAGGGCGUCACCAAACCUGGAGAAGUGUUCAAUAGAGAUGAUGUACCCAUUCACAAUAACGACCCCCGGAAGGUUAGAGGACGAUUUCGUUAAUUGCACUGUUCCGCAUCUUAGAGUGGUUGAGAUAUCUGGAUAUCGUGGCCAUUCAAUUGAGAUGGAACUAGUCAACUACUUCCUUGAAAAUGCAAUUUCCCUCCGGAAGAUGAUUGUUGAUUCUCGUUACAAAUCGCCGACUUUCGGAACCUGUGAAAAACAUUGGUUCUACGGUCCUAAGGACUGCAGUCGAAUAGCUGAGAUAUCAAAUGAGGGCAGAAGGUGUGCGGAGCAGCAACUCUUGGGAAUAACAAUGCCUUCACAUGUUACAUUACAGAUACUGUAACCUCUUCGUAUUCCCAUGGCUGGUCUGGUCUUAGAAGUUAGCUUAUCAUUAUUUGCUGCGACUUUAAUGUUGUGCUAAGCUUUUUCAAUUUUUUCCUAUUCUCCUUUGGAUACACUUCCUAGUGUGAUUGUUAUUUAUUUGUUUAUUUUUACAGAAAGUGAUUGUUUCAACUUAUCAUUAUAAGCUGUGUCAAACGUGAUUUUAUAAGUCUUGACUCCCUCUGUCCUAACAAAGUAGUUCAGUUUCAAAAGUUACAAUUUUCUUAAAAUGGUAGCGGUGAUCUGAAUUUUUGUUGGAGCUGCAAGGAUG